AUGGCACCAGCACAGGGGAAUCCCACAGUCCGGAAGAAGUACAACCCAUCAGACCCGAAUGUAUGCCAUUCAUGUCGAGACUUCCAAGAGCUUGACUUCUCAAAUGCGCCCAAGUCGCCGACACUACUACCCGCCUUUCGCAAGACUGCUGCAAAAGGGUGUCUGCGAUGUAACGUGCUCGUUGCCGGGAUCGACAAGUUCGACUACUUCUGGAAGGGUACGGAAGAGGACCAGACUUCAUGGCCAGAGGAGGAGAUUAGGAUCAGCGUGUGGCCGCAGCAGGACGACCCUAUGCAAAUCAUCCUCACACGCCGCGUCAAGGACGAGGAACGCUACGAGACUCUGGAGCUAGAGUUCUAUUCUCAUGCAGGUGAGUCCAAUACUCUGAUAAACACCUGUCAACCAUCUCAUGACUUUACCUACCUAGCAGACGAACCAAAUCCGUUUCCCGAAUUUCGCGCUGCCGGAGACGUGCCGGAAUAUUCAGACUCGGAUGCAUCCUUUGCGACGAUCCGGGGCUGGAUAGAGCUGUGCGAGUCUCAGCACGAAAUGUGUAACAUGCGGCAGACGUCGGACGAAAUGCCAACGCGGCUGAUCUACGUUGGGACAGAGGGCGACGCACCGAGACUGUGUCUGACGUCUGACAUGGCACCAACAAAAUACGCAGCAUUGAGCCAUUCAUGGGGAUCCAGAGAGUUGAGAAAGAAGCCCAUCCCCAAGACAAACCGUGCCAACAUAGGCAGUAGAAUGGAUGGUAUCUCGUGGCAAGAACUCACAAAGACAUUCCAGGACGCCAUAAUCAUCACCAGACGCCUUGGACUCGGUCAUAUCUGGAUAGAUUCCAUGUGCAUCGUCCAAGACGAUGAAGAUGACUGGACGCUUGAAGCGAGCAGAAUGGCCCUCAACUACCAAAACGCACAUCUUGUAAUAGCUGCAACGAGGUCCCAAACUGGCGACCAGGGCUGUUUCUCCAGACGGUCACCAAGCCAUAGAAUCAGCUUAUCGGACGUCAAGGGUUAUAUCCACACCGUGUACGUGAAGAAGGAAAUCUCCCAUCGUGACUUUGCCGAGAGUCCGGCCACGUUCAACACCAUGCCCUUGUUUGCCAGAGCGUGGGUGUUUCAGGAGCGCCUCUUAGCGAGACGUGUUGUCCACUACACGAAGAAUGAGAUCAUGUGGGAGUGCAACCAGAGUCUAUUCUGUGAAUGUCAAGGCAUCGAAAGUGGCAGAGACUGGUCUCAUGGCAAAAACACCGGUAACUUCAAGCUGGACCAUGGUAAGCUACUCGCCGCCGGAAGUAGCACGUUGAGACGAUAUCAGCACUGGUCCAAGAUAGUUGCCGAGUAUUCCGUGAGGUCUCUCGCCUACGACAGCGAUCGCUUGCCGGCCUUGUCCGGUAUCGCAGGCCAGAUGCAUUCACGGGAGAUGGGUCGUUACCUAGCAGGGAUUUGGGAAAACUCGCUUCCACAGGCGUUAUUGUGGAAGACAAUGGUGGGCAUCGUAGAGAAGAACUGGGAGAAAAGAAGGCCUACCGAGUAUAGAGCACCUUCUUGGUCGUGGGUAUCGGUAGAGGCCGAAUGUCGAACGUGGAUUCCAGAUUCCGAGGAUGAAGCCACCUUCCACUGCCGGAUACUGGACGUGCAAUGUACGCUGGCCAGCCAUGACCCGCAUGGACAUAUCUCAGACGGUUUCCUCGUGCUUUCUGCGCCAGUGUUUUGGGCCAGAUUCAAGUACGAACAAUGGCGCGAUAAUCGAGAAGAGCCCAAAUAUAUGCUUCAUUUCAACGGCCAAUCUGAAAUGCUCGCGGAGGAUGUGCCACUCGAGAAUAAACAAGAUUCAAUCCCGGACGAGUCAUCAGUAUUGGUUGCUGUCAUUGUGAGUAGGUUGGUGCCUAGUGAGGCUGAUAGACACAAACCUCUCUGGAAAGGCAUAGUACCAAACCGGCGGUGGGAAGGAAUCGCAUUGAAGGAUUCCCCGCGACGCAAGCACGCGUACGAGAGAAUCGGCAGUGUAGGUGGACGCUCAAAACACCUCCCAGACCAGCAAAUAAUGGAUAUUACGAUUGUGUGA